CCUUGCAUCUUCUCUCCACUCUUGCAUGUGUUUAAUGUGCAAAUGUAUCACCUGCUUUUCUUUCUUUUCUGCGUCUUUAAUAAAAGGGCAAAGGGGUGUUUAAUGGGCUGUUUGCUGUGGGACUAAGCAGGCUAAUGUCUCUGGUUCCCAAAGCUUAAUGUCAAAUGGGCAGGGUCACGUUAACAUCGUUCACUCGUUGGACCCUUCUGUUCCACCUAGAUUAACACAACAGCUGUGAGCCAGGGACUGAACCAGGACUCAAGUCUCCGAAUCCCAGCUCUGCCACUGACUGGCAGUGGGACCUCAGCCAAGGCCUUUGAAUCUUGUUUCUCAUUUUCCUCUCCUGGGGGUAGCACAUUCCUGCUUGUUGGGCUGGUGUCAGUGAGCAGGCCCUGGGAGAUGCCCUGGCCGGAUGAAGCAGACACGAUAGGCCCAGGCUGCUGGGAAGGGGUGUGAGUUGUUUCAUUGUCCUAGCCAGCAAUCCAUGAAAGCUGCUGCAAAUUACCUGUGUUCCACCUUGCAGCCCUUCCCCUCACCCACGUGUGUGGGUGGCAGCGGGUCACAGCGACUCAGGGUUUGGCUGCAUGGGGGUUAGUGCAUAGCCUGGAACCCAGCACCUCUCCCACCCUGCCUGCAUUAAUCAUAACUCCACCCCCCUCUGGGGCAACCCAAACUCCCCCUUUAGGCAGCUGGUUUUCUCUUCCUGGCCUCCAUCCGGGGCAGGGACAAUGGACGAGAUUGGGACCUCCCACCUCCUGGCACUCAACAGCUAGGGCGACAUGAAUGCAACAGGGCUCAGCCUUGCCAGACGCUCACCCCCUGCUUGCCUGGUUACAGACAGGCACACAAGUGGAGUUACGCUGGGAAGACCAAACCUGGGAGUUUGCAUCCAGCCCGGGGGGAGCAAUGAAUCCAGCCAGAGCAAAGGGACCCGAUGGCCAUGGACCUCUAAGCCCCAGGGACCCACUGCUUCCUGGACUGGCAUAAAAGAGCCAAGAUCCCUUUGCAUCCUGUGCCCACAACCACCUGGAACCCAGGAGUCCUGGCUCCCUGAACCGUCCCCCGCCCAAGCCUCUUUGCUGUUCUGCGAUCAACGCUGCUGUGAGGACCAGCUCCCCCAUCCCACCGUCGAAUUGGGGAGCCCCGCACACCUGGACCGCGGGGGAUGGCGGCAGCUUGGAGCCCGAUCCUCCUGCUGCUGCUGCUGUGGGGCCAGUCGGCAGCCGCCCGGCACUGGGCCCCGUGCCGGCCCGGCCUGCUGUCCGCUCGCCACCCUGUGCUGGGCUUCUGGGAGCAGAUCCGCGCAGGCUCAGGCUGUGCCAGCCGAGGGCGCUCAGCCUCGGGCCGGGAGGUGCAUGUGCUCAUCCUACGGGGGCCAGUGGGGAGGAUGGGGGCCAGACAGGUGAGCCUAGAACUAGGCCCAGCCCCCCCUGGCAGAGCCCCCAUCUUCGUGCUCAGCUCCCUGGCACCUGUGGUCUGGAGCCUCCAGACAGCCCAGGUGGCUCUUGGGGAGCAAUGGACCUUCCAGGUCUCCCCGGGGUCCAGACUCUCGGCCCUUGGGGGUGUCACCGUCACUGAGACCCAGCUGCCCCAGACCCCCCGAGGGCUCCUGCGCUGGGCCCAUGAGGAACACGGCGGGGUCAGCUCCCUGGCUGCGUAUCGGGGUGUCAACAUGGUCUAUGUGCAGCUGGGAGACGAUGGGGUCUCGCCAGGAGCCUGCAAACUUCGCAGGAACUUCCUCUCCCAGACCCACUUCGCCUCCAACCUCCGACCACGGCCCCUGUGGGGCUGCCUGACCUCUGACCCCCCUUCGGACCCUGAAGUUCACGUCAUCCUCUCCAAAGGAGCCAUGCCCCGGCCCUCAGACCAUCUCACUGUGGAGCUCCAAGUGCCUGGAGGCUGCUGCUCCCCCCGGCGGGAGCUGAUCAUGGUGCUGAAGAGUGAGUCCACCACCAGCUGGCUGGUCCGAAUCCCCCACAUGGCCGGGCGCCUGCGAGUCCUGGCAUCCCACGAGGUCUCAGUCAGCGGCACAGAAUCAGAACUGGACCUGGCUGUGAGCAGCAGCAUGUCCCUGGGCCUGGCCUAUGCCCGUGACCCCAUGGCCUGGGCAAUGGAGCAGGGACUGCCUGGGGUCACAUCUUACACAGAGGCCAAGCAGGUGAACAGGUUCCUGGUCAUUGUAGGGCUAGAUGGGGAAGCCAAGGCCCCCCACACCUCCAUCCCGCUCCCCAGACCCUCCAAGAUCUCCCCUAUGGUCUGGGAGAGAAGCUGGGCAGCCCCCGGAGAUGGGAGAACUGUGAGGCUGGCAGGAGCUCUGUCUGUGGUGUGUCUGAGCGAGAGGGUGGCUGUUUAUGUCAACAAGGACAUGCUCCAGGCUGCCAGACUCUCCCCAGCCCGAGUGACCCUGCGGGACCCCAGCUGUGCAGCCCAGUCCAAUGACACCCACUUCCUGCUGGAGUCCUCCCUGGCCGGCUGCGGCGCCCUGCGCAUCCCGGCCCUGGCCCCCACCUCGGGCGUCGGGCAGUACCAGAACGCGGUGGUGCUCUGGGGCAGUGGGCCAGGGGCAGCGCCCGGGGGUCCCCCACUCCCAGUGGGACAGACUGAAGAUAGCUCGGAGUCCAUUGAGUUCUCCUGCUCCUCCCCAGCCCUGAGUGAGCCAUCCCCCUCUGCUGAGCCCAUUCCGGAUCUGCCCGUCCACCUGGGCCGUGUCUUGCUCAGCCUGGAGGUCUACAGCUCCGAGGCCUUCGCCAAGGCCCAGGGACCCUGCACGGUGUUGGCCAACAGCCGCGUCUUUGUAGAAGCUGCUCUGGCUGCCUUCGACCCUCGGCUCAGCUUCAGCAUCCGCCUCUGCUUCCUCUCGCCAAGCUCCUCCUCCUCGCUGGACUCACCGUACACCUUGGUGCGGGGGGGCUGCCCGGCCCACCCCGAUGUCUCUCUGCACCCGCCCCACAAGGGGGCUGCAGGCCCGGCCUUGCCCCCCGGCUCCCAGGAGCUGCAGCGCCUCAGCUUCCUGCUCCGGCCCCUCUACAAUGACUCCAUCCAAUUCCUUCACUGCCGCCUGGCCCUCUGCACCCAGGAGCCCCAGGGCCAGGCUGGGGCCUAUGGGGGCGCCCUCCCCAAGUGUGGGCCCCAGGCCAGGGCAUGCCCCAGCAGCCACGUGGGGGAGCCGGGCAGCGGGCGGUUCCAGCACACCUUCACCAAGCCCAUCAUCGUAACGGUGGGGCGCCUGGCCAGAGCCACCAAACCCACCCCAGGAACAGAUCCCUUUCCGGUGCCCUUUCCUCUGGCUGGCAGGAGGGGGAAGGCACUGAAGGAGGCACCCCAGCCAGAGCAGGGAGAGACACCCCCUGCCCCCCUUCCCCAGGGCCUAGAGCUGCCCACCGUGGUGGGCAUCGUCUUCUCAGCUUUCAUCAUCGGCGUCUCUCUCACUGGGGGGCUCUGGCUCAUUCACUCCAGGACAGCUCACAGGGGCCUCCCUGUCCGUGUUCUUGGGAAUACGCUGGCACUAGCCACACCGUCACCACCUGCAGGCGCCCGGCCCUGCGGCUCCCGGGAUCAGCAGCCCGUCGGACUCUGCUCAGCACAGCCAGGGAGGCCACUUGGGGAAGGGCCUCUCCUCCUGGCCCAAAGGGCCCCCUACCUGUGACUGGCAGCCAGCGGGCGGCAGGCCUCACCCAGGCUGGAAGGGGCCCCGGUGCAGGCCGUGUGGCAUUGGGGCCGCGGUGCCGGCUGUGGCUAGUGUUUGCGCUUUCUAGGUAUAAAUGUGACUGCAGAGGA